AUGAAUGAAGCAGGUGAUACCCUCGUUUCGAACGACGUUUCUAAACCCCGAGAUGCCUGUGUUGUACUUAACAUCGAGGAAAAUCCCAGUGUGGAAUGCCGAAAGGAGCCUUUCCAUCUUCCUAGCAAAGAAAAACUUCGCACCCAACAAGGAAACCGGUAUGGAAAUCCCUACAAUCAAGGUGCGGGUUUCGGACAAACGCCAUAUUAUCAACAACAACUGGUUGGAGGACAACCUGUAUAUGUGCAAGUUCCAGGAGCACAGAAUGUUGCAACAGCCGGAUAUAGAUAUAGAUUUCAAGACGGCGGCGAACAAGGCGGAUUUACCCGCGAUGAGCACGUAUUUAUGAGAUCUUUUGACAACCAAGUGAUCAGAAGUAGAUUUAUACAACGUGUUUAUACAAUAUUAGCCGUUCAAUUACUUUACACUUUUGCUGUUGUGUUUUUGUGCAUGUUUGUUCCAGAAGUUAAUGAAUACGUACGAAGCACCUCAUUUUUAGUUAUAAUUGCAGGCGUUGUGUACCUAGUGGUCUAUUUAAUUUUAAUAUGUGUCAAGAGUGCUAGACGACAAUAUCCACUCAAUUUCGUCCUACUGGCAAUUUUUACAAUAUCGUUUUCCUACUGCGUGGCCUAUAUGUCGGUAUUUUAUAAAACACACAUAGUACUGAUGAGUAUCGGUAUGACAGCAGUUAUAACACUGGUUGUGUCAGUCCUGGCAUGCCAAACUUCGUUCGAUUUUACUGAUUGCGCGCCCCUGCUAUGUUUUAUUACCCUAGUGUCAUUAGUGUGUGGUAGCGUACUCCUGCUCAUUGCUGCCUUGACGCACACACCAGUUCUUUAUGCCGUUUACUCGGCCAUAAUAGGAUUCCUGUUUGUAAUGUACCUUGCAUAUGACACGCAGUUGAUCAUGGGAGGAAGGCACGUUGAAUUAUCUCCAGAAGAGUAUAUCCAUGGUGCACUCACUCUGUACAUUGAUAUAAUCGAAAUCCUAAUCCACGUAAUGCAAAUAUUAGAUAGGUGUAGUUAG